GAGAGAGAGAGAGAGAGAGAGAGAGCGCACGCGCGCGAUAACAAUGGCCACCGUGAACGUCGGAACCCUAAUCCGCUCCGUGGCUGCUCCGCCGCCUCCUCCGCCGCGCGCCGCCGCACCCUCCGUUCCCGCGCCGCCGCGCCGCCUCUUCCUCCUCCUUUGCUCCGCCGCCCCCGCCACCCCCUUCAUCACCUCCGCCUCCUCCUCCGCCGACGCCGCAUUCUCCUUGGGAAUCCCGGGGCCGAAGGAGUGGCUGAGGGAGCAGAAGAAGAAGGCGGCGAAGUACGUGUUGGCGCCGAUCGACGCCUCGCGCUAGACCCUACGCAAUGCCUAUCAAUUACUCGAGGCCGCACCCGAUUCAGCGGCGGAGAAAACCAAAGAGCUUCGCAGCCUACUAUAUUCGGCGGCGAGGGACUGCGUGCCCGAGCAGAGGAAUUCGCUGGUUGCGUUUCAGUCUCAAACAGGGGUCGAGGUUUGCACAUUUCGCUUGUUAGUAAAUAAUGCUGCUUCAUUACUCGACAAUGGAGAUCCUGUGAAGUUGGAGGCAGAAGCCAGGCUUGCUGAAGUCAUAAGAUUGUUUUCCUCUAUUGGGAGUGUUAUCAACCAAAGCAACCUUCAGCUCGAUAGUGAUAGGGAGAAGUUGAAAGAAGGAUUGACGGAUACCAUCUCUGCGCUCGACGAAUUCGAGCAGGGCAUCAGAGACUGUUUGGGCAUCUAACUGAGAAAAUGUUCUUCUGAGGAGAUCAUAAACAGAGAAGUAAUCGCUCAUAUCCGAUCUUGCUAAUCGAUUCAUUUGUUCCUCCAAUAUGUAUUUUUCUUUGUAUCUUCUAAGCUUUUGCUGUAUUGUAUUUUUGCUCUCUAUUCUCGUUCUCUCUCUUGUUUACAAUCAUCUUGUUGUAUUUUGUUUGCUAUUUUGUAAGCUAUAUCCUCGGCUAAAAUUCUCUGCUUUUAUCUUUUAUCCA